AUGCGUCUACGCUUGGUCGAAACCUCGGCCUCAUCACAAGUGUCGGAUGGUGUCUGCUGCACCCGACUCCCAGCUUUUUUCUGUUUCCCUUUCGUCUUCUUCUGGGUGACCAAGGGAGCUUCUUCAUCUGCAACGGCGGGCGUCGAUGCUACUGGUGUUGACGGCUUUGGCGCAGUCUUGCGCUUCCGUUUCUUUGUGUUUGUCUUUGCCACAGACUCCGACGAAACUUGCGUUGCUCAGUUGCAUUUUCCACGACGCGAGGAAAUUCUUGAGGUGCUGGAGGAGGUGGCAGAGAUUGCCCAAAUGCCGCACCUGAAGAAAAGAAAGAAGCCUAAGAAUAAGGUUUGGAAAGUCAAGCGUGCAGCUGAAGAAAAACUGUCGACAGAGAUCGCUGGGCCCGAUAAUGGAUCAAAAGUAGUGAGCGAGGUGUUAAAUGACAAGGAGUACACAGGUCUGAUCAAUGGAGCCGUGGGGAUCUGA